CUGGGCCUCAGGGUCCUGUCCACCCAGGGCACUGCCUCCAGGAAGCCCUCCGAGGCCCCAGCACCUCCACCCCCCUUGCUGCCAGCCUCCUGCCCCGCCCACCCAGGAAGUGACCUUUCAUGGGGCUCUGGGGCGGCCCCCGAGGCUCUGGCACACAGUUGGGUCUUGGACUGGGAGAGUCGUUGCUGCUGCCGCCCGAGGGGCCCUGCGUUGCCCCAGCCGCUGGGCCGUGGGCGGGAUGGCAGUGAGCGUGGCCCCGCGGCUGCCUCUGCUCCCCGUGCUCCUGGUGCUGGCCGCCGCCGCCCCCCCGGCUGCUGUAGAGGUGAGGCAGUCCCCCCUCUACACGGUCACCCCAGAGGGGGGCUCCAUCAACAUCACCUGCUCCGUCCGCGUGAACGGGACCCUGCUGGGGGUCCACCUGAGGCAGAGCCGCCUGCUGGAGAUGCGGGAGGUGACGUACUACGACGACAAGAGCACCCCCACUGUGGAUGCGCGGUUCCAGAGCCGCGUCGUCUUCUCGGGGACCAUGGACAACCUGACCAUCACCAUGCAGCGCCUGCGGCCGGAGGACAGUGGCGCCUACUUCUGCGAGGCCAUCGCGGAGGACGGGAAGGACUGGGGCGCCGGCACCAUGCUGGUGGUGACAGACACACUGUCCCCAGCGGCCAGCGCCUGCCCCGGGACUCAGCUGACCGGCUUCGCCUUCCCCGUGGCCCUGGCCCUGGGAUGCCUCCUGGUCGUGCUGGGCCUGGCCGCCAUGUGUGUGCUGAAGAGGAGACAGAUCAGGAACAUGUGCCCCGCGCGGGAGAGGAGCACGGCCGGUGUGAUCUAUGAAGACAUGUCCUGCAGCCGCCGGAACACCGUCUCCAUCGCCAACCACUACCAGUGAGCCAGGCCCCCGGGCCUCUGCCCCGCGCUGCUCCUGGCGCCUCCUCCAGGAAGCUCUCCGUGCCUGCCUCGCACCCUCAAGGCUGCCCUGCUCAUCCCGUGGACUGCCCCCGGCCCCUGGGAGCCGCCAGAGACCAAGCCGCCCUUCCCCUCACAGGGACCAGCUGGGCUCAGGCAGCGGGCGCACCUGGCCGGUGGGCUGUGUGCUGAGCCACCUGGCCUGACCCAGGCUUGCCAGAAACAAAGGGCUUCUCUCCUCCCCUGGACUCCAGGGUCCCCUCUCAACCAGACCUGGCUCCUCGAGACCAGGGAGCCGCCCCACAAACAGCGAGGAGGCGGAGUCCGCCGGGCACAGGGGGACGGGGGGGCUCGGGUCCUGCAGAGGGAAGGGCUGGCGAAGGAAACCGAUGCGAAAUCACAGGUGCAAAGUCGGGCACAAUAGCAAGCUGGGCCCUUGCAGGAGGCAACCCAUCGAUGUUUCUCUCUCCCCUCCUCCCUUCCAUUCUCUCUAAAAAUCAAUGGGAAAAUGUCCUCUGGUGAGGAUUGGCCAAGAAAUAAAAUAAAAG